GUACAGUGAGCUGCACAAAUAAAAUGCUCCUUCUUAUCCAUAAACAGCUCAGCCAGAUUUUCACAAUUCGAUCAAAACAUUUAUUCAUUUCUAUAAUAAGUAAAAGUGCUUUGUCACAACAAUUAUACUUCAGAGCUAAACAGAAGUGUGUCACUGCGACGUUUGAUCAGACUCGUUUAAGGUGUGCUCACGUAUUUGUUUGUGCUGCAUUUUUACCAUCGCUGCUCUCUGAGAAAACUGGGUGAAGGUUCUUACAGCUCGUAUUGCAGCAGACUGGCCUCCCCCGCCCACUGAACUCUGGGUAAUUUGAUAACUCUGACUGGAUUAAACAUUUUCACAACCUGGUGACCAAGGUUACCGAGACAUCUGAAAUACUCUCAAUCUUUGAUCUGCACACAUUCCCUCUCCAGGAAUACGCUGGAACGUCUAGAGAACUUGAAAACAGCCUGCAACCCCCGGUCCCUGCUUCUGAGAUGCCCUUGCCGAUAUGACGCUAAAAGAGUCAACGACUUUUCAGUAAGCCGGAGGUACGUCUGUGCUGCCUCCCUUUCAACAGCAUCCUCUAACACUUUGCUCACACGGCGGCACUAACCGGAAGCAACCAUGCAUCUAGAGGUCAAGGUGGCCCUCAACUUUAUCGUGUCCUACCUUUACAACAAGCUGCCUCGUCGUCGGGCUGACCUGUUUGGUGAGGAGCUGGAGAGGAUACUGGUCUCCCGCUUUGAGGGACACUGGUAUCCCGAGGCCCCGCUUCGGGGAUCCGCUUUCCGCUGCAUCCACUUGGGGGCGCUGAGGGACCCUGUGGUGGAGCUAGCCGCCAAAAGAAGUGGACUGGACACAGAGGAGGUCCGCGCUAAUGUCCCCGCAGAGCUCAGCGUGUGGAUCGACCCUUAUGAGGUUUCCUACCAGAUUGGAGAGAAGGGGGCAGUGAAGGUGCUGUACCUGGAGGACCCUCCAGGCCUCGGUUGUGACAGCGAGAGGGCUGAGGCGGUUAACGGAGAAGGCAAAGGAGAGGCGGAGGCUGAGGAGGCCAAGAGCUUGGGAUUUAAUCCAGAUGCUCAGGUGUUUGUGCCAAUUGGAAGUCAAGCAUCUCCAGCACUCAUGCCAUCCCUGUCAAGCUCUCCCACACCUUUGACAGCUCAGCCUGGGCUCUUUAGCUACCCUAGCUCCAGCACACCUACUGACCCUGGCGUCCAUUCAUCCAACACCUCCUCCCCUUCUCCUCCCAGUGGCGGAUUGCCAUACCUCCCCACUCAGCAGCCGCCUCAAGCCCUCCCUCCUGCCCGUCCACAACCCGUCACCUUCACCACCGCGAGCUUCGCCGCCACCAAAUUCGGUUCCACCAAAAUGAAGAAGUGCACUGGAGCCGGGUCGCCGGCCAACUCCGGUGUCAUUGUCCCACCUUCGCAGAGGAUGCUCUCCCGCUCUCCCACCACCAUCUCGGCACCAGAGCUGCUAAAGCACAAGCCCCUGUCGCUCUCUUUGCACUCCCUUGGAGGUCCGAUCCCCAGCCAGCUCUCCCCCAGCGCUAAAGAAUUUGUCUACCCAGGAUCCCCGGGCCCCUUUUUCUUUGACGCAGACACCCAACCAAUGCAGCCACAAGCCAGCCCUUUCCAACCCUCGCACAACCUCGGGUCCAAUCCGACCUUCGACCCGUUCGCCAGCCCUUCUCCUCAAAGCGUGGGCAUCCUUAGCAGCAACGGAGGAAUCCCUUACGUGGAGAAACCGUCGUUUGACGGUUUAGGAAGCUACAGCCUGCAAUAUCCAAGCCAGUCUUUCCAGCCUGUGGUGCUGGCCAACUAAGCCUUCGUCUGGGACAAAAACACUUGAACGCAGACAUGGGUGACUCUCCACUUGUUUUCAGUUUUUCUAACAAGAAAUUAUAAUGCUAACACGCAUCAAGAGUGGGUUUUGCUACAGAGAUUAAAAAUAAUAGUAAACAUGUCCAUAACGUACAUUUUGUUAUGCAUCUCUACAUGACAUUCAUUUUGCCUGAACUCAUUUCUGUUCUCCUUCACGUCAACAUUGAUGGUUAGGGAGGCGAGUUUCUUUCUACUUUUCUUUUGUGACGUGAAACCUUUAUGUUCCACUCCUCCGUCUCUAGAGCAGCUCCAUUUUGCACUGCACUGUCAUGCUGUGAAAAAAAGGACUUUGCCAAGUCCUGCAGGGAACGACUGCUGUGGAAAACUCAGCACUUUGCUCCGCAAUCUGCUCUGCCCUACUUGCCACAAAUACACAGGAGAAGGCGGGGUGGCGUGUGUGUGUGUGUAGUCCUGCUCCGUUUUGUUAUGGUUCGACCGAGGGAAGGGUUGUUUGUCUCCGUUAUCGUCGGACGCAAUGCUUGUUAUCAGCGGCUGGAAUGAGCGGGAAUGAAUGAUGGGCGAGCGGAGGGAAAGGGCAGCACUGGAGAAUGUAUUGUCUGUCGAGGGGAAAUUUGCUGGAGGAAACCUUUCUGAAUGUAAAUGAGAAAUAAAUUCCAGUUUUAACAAUGCUGAUACCUCUAAUAAAAAAAAAAAAAGAAGGUGGGGAGGGAGGGGAGAACACAACACAGGGAAACGUGCAGACACAAAUGCACCACACGCGUCGACGCGCACGAUGUUCCAGUCAGCAGUGUGUGAAGGUGAACGGGCGAGGAGCAGGAGGUUGGGGAGGGGAUGCAGCAGCCUAAGCAGCAGCAGCAGCAGCAGCGGCCGCGGAUUGUGAUAAAUGGCUUAGCAUGACUUUGACUAUGAAGGAGAGGUUUUUCCUCUGCAUGGAGGAAGAGGGAGGGAGACGGGGAGAGAAACUUCUAGACGAGCGCUUUGCCUCUGCGUCGUCCGGGGCGUACUGGGAAGCGCGCGCGUUCCACGUUGAAACCCAGAGCACGUUCCCGGUGAAACUAAAACACUACACUAUUCUCUCCUCUCCUCUUGAAAUUUUCCUGCUGUCUCUUUCUCAAGCUGUUGCAAGACGUAAAAAGAAAAAAAAAACCCACUGUAAAGUCCCAGGUUGCUCAGUCUUUUCUCAACUGCAAAAAAAAAAAAAAGAGGGAGAGAAA